AUGCCUCAAUUAAAAGGGUUUUCCGAUAAUCCAUUCCAAACCAGAGAUGACUUGGUUUCGGCAGCCAUCUCGCUUUUGGAGCCUCUAUGCCCCUACUUUUCUCCCGGCCGAGCGCGGAUUCGCCUUCCCGUUGCUUCGGGCGCUCAUUUCGAUGAACCAGCAGCCGACUUGGAAGGCUUUGCGCGCCCGCUGUGGGCUGUCGGUGCCCUCCUGUCGUCGCUGAGCUCAACUGCAAGCCCUCAGUCAGAUGAUGGUCCCUCGAGCAGGAUCCGGAAGCUGGUUGAACCAUGGAUCGCAGGCAUCUGCAACGGCACAGAUCCGGAGCACUUCGAAUACUGGGGAGCCGUCGGUCAAAUGGACCAACGCAUGGUAGAGGCCGAAAUUAUAUCCUUUGCCCUGUUAUCUGCACCUGAGACAUUCUUCCACAGUCAAGAUGAGAAAACACAGCACAAUAUC